CGUUCUUUGACACGUGUCCUUUGACACGUGUAGACGUGUUUCUCUCGUUUAAUAUAUACGGAUAAAAUAUAAAUAUUAAUUAUUACCAGCUGAUAAGAGAGGGGGAGCGAAAGUCGUACUUGCAAAAGAUUUUUAUAUUGUAUAUUUAUUAUUUUUCCAUUUUUUCGUGUUUAAAAAGAGAUGACAUUUGAUUGAUAUUUUUGGCUGCGUUCCAAAAUGUCCUCUUCGAGAAAAUUAUAAAAUUUUCCUCGAAGAGCACGUUUUGGAACACAACCUUAGAAAAGAUGGAGAAAAGAAUAAGUGUAGGAAGUGUAGGAUAAUAGAAAAAAGUGCUGUACUUUUCACACGUGAUUGCCGGUGUGAUUUGAAUAAUUCUAAAAUGUGUAUAUUAAUAUAAAUAAUUUAAUACUGAUAAAUAUUGAAGUAAUAUCGUGCAAUAAAAUUCUCAAAGGGAAAUAUUUCCUAUAAGAAAUAUAAAAUCCAAAUCCCUUAAUAUUAUUGCAAAGUGAGGUUAUAAAAUUAUCGAGUGUGAUUGUUGCUGGAAUUAUAAGAUUUAUUGUUAUCAUAAUUAUUAUGUGAUAAAACACAAAAGCAAUUAUGGUACGAUAUUUUCUUAAAUUUUCGUAUAUUGGUACACAAUACAGGGGUUUGCAGAAACAAGUUGGCAAAAAUUUUAUACGAGACACAGAUUCUGUUCAAGGUGCUUUAGAAACUGCUUUGUCAACCAUUGUACCAAAGGUCCUGGUUCAAAAAUCCAUAUGUCUUUCCAGCAGAACAGAUGCUGGAGUUCAUGCUUUAUGUAACUCAUGCCAUGUAGAACUUGACAACAAAUAUGGUCGAAUAUAUGAUACAUCAAAAAUAAAAAAAUAUGUCAAUCGUUAUUUUGCCAAAUGUGGUCAUACCAUCAGAUUGCUAGAUUGUAUACCUGUCACAUAUGAUUUUCACUCAAGAUACUCGUGUAAAUCUCGAACAUAUAUAUACAGAUUUAUGAUACCUAAAAUACAGGAGGAGCAACGAAUAUCCCUUGUGGAAAUGAAUCAUACUUUUCAUUUAAGAGCGUACAAUUUCGAUAUAGAUAGAGCGAGACGUGGUAUACAAUUGUUUAUGGGAACAAAGGAUUUUACUACAUUUAGUGCAAAAGAUGAAAAAACCCAAAAGCGUUAUGUACGUUCCUUGCAGUCUUUCACUUUGGAAGAGGCGCAGCCUUUAAUGCCAUUUGAUCCACUAUCCAAAAAUUUUACAUACUGGCAUUUUGUAUGCAGCGGAAGAUCUUUCUUGUACAAUCAGAUCAGACGAAUGGUUGGUGCUUUAUUUGCAUUAGGAUUAGGGAAAAUAACAGAGAAAGAUAUUACUGUGAUGUUGCAAGUUCCUUCUCAUCAUAAUUGGAAUCCUCGUGUUACGCCUGCACCACCAAAUGGCUUACAUCUAUUGAAUGUGGAAUACGAUCCGGAUGAAUUAAAACGUUGUACCAUAAUAGAAGAACAAGAAGAGAAAUUGCAGUUGGAAGAACAAGAACAGGAACUGCAAUUGGAAGAGCAAAGACAAACACUGCAAUUGAAAAAAUAAAAAAAAAAAAAAUUGUUUGAGAUACCAUUAGAAUAUUGUAAUAAUUGAAAAAUAUUAUUUUAUUUUAUAUAGUGGACGAUAGUAAAUAAGAGAUCUUCUUAACAAACUA